AUGGAUUCGUCGUGCUCGACGCCGAGUUCGAGCCGGGCGGCGCCGACGGCUCGGCAGCCCGGCACUCGGCUGCCUCACCACCUGCAGCAGCCCUCCUCUUCCAGCUUUUCCGGUCAGUUUCCGACUCUUUCUGUAGCUGAAUCUCUUUCGAAUCUUUUCUGGAUGAAUUAGACAUAUUUUCAACACCACUUGAAUAAUCCGUUGCUUUGAAAAUUUGAAUUUCAAACUAACUCUCAAGAACUACGUGGGCACUCUCACGUAUCAAUUCAAUUUCUCAGUUUUUGGAUCUGAUUUGAAAGUUAAAUGAUUAUAACUUACUAGUUAGUGGAAACAAACCAAGAACCUUCAAAAAAUAUUUUACGACAGAAAAUUGCAAAGUGUCAAAGCUUUACCGAUUCGCGAGCCGCGACGCGCAGCUCUGGCUCUCAUACAGAAGCUUCAGAAAGUUCCGAGCUCUUCAGAUAUCUCUCUAGGGGUGUUACCGCCAUUUCAGUGCUCGCUUAAAGCAUGAAAUUGUCUCCUCCUAGUUCGACUUCAAUUGUUUUGAACUUCGUCAGUUCAGACCCCGAAGUUUUCACCUCGCCGCACAACAUCCGGCAAGGCCAGAGCUUCGUCUCGGUUCAGACCCUCACCAAGGAGUCCUUCUUCAUCGCUGUGAACGUAUGACAGUUUUUCGGGAUGUUCAAUUCAUCCAGCAUUUUUCAGCAAAAGACCAAGGUUCACGACGUCCUGUGGAAGUGCGGCGAGCGGCUCGAAAUCGCCGAGGACAAACUUUUCGGCUUGGCGAUUCGUCAGGCUGCCGAGGGCAUCGGUGGGUUUUUAGGGUAGAUUUUAGGCGGAAAAUUUUUUUUUUUAAAAAUCAUAUUUUAACUAUGUCAUGUCUCUUGCGAGUCUAGUGUUUCCUUUAUUUUACGGAGCUGCUACCUAAAAUUACUGUUGUGAAUUACCUAUGAUCUGAAUAAAUGUUGAAUCUCAAAAGGGGCGGAGAAAAUAAGAAAGAGAUAUUUUCAGGCGGAGAUCAACCUCGACACGAGUACUACUUUCUCGAUCCGGCAGCCAAAAUCAUGAAGUACGCUCACAAACAGUCGCGAUUCUCGCAAUGGGUAGGGAUUUCUUUUUCGGGUCUUGAAAUGAAUUUGAAAAAAUUAAGAUCAUCUCUCAUAAAUCACAAGCUUCUUUCUGUUAUGUAGACUCUGCGAAUCACAAUGAAAUUCAUUUGAAAGCUGUAACUUUGAUUAAUAUCUCUCUCUCUCUCUCUCUCUCUCAACGCUGUUCGAACGAUAAUUAAUUAUAUUGUGAUUCUGUUUCUUUUUUCUAUUCGACAUGAGCAUACUAAACACAUUUUUCUGAAAGAAUGCGCGAUUGAGAUAAAAAAAUCUUGCCGCGUUUCGAGAAAAAUAAGGAAAAAAAUUCUUUUGGAUUAUUUAAUGUUGAAAAAUGUGUUUCUUACGGUCUCACUAUUCACGUUGUAAAAAAAAGGAUUUUGUUCAGAAAGUUUGCUUUUUUUCGAAUUUCUUAUCAAAGAGAUGAAUUAUGAGUAGAUUUUUAUAACGUUUAUAUGAACUUUUUUUGUUCAGCACAACAAGAGCAGCGAGAAUCGGCCUGUUUUGGUGCUGUACUUCCGCGUGAGGGUCUACAUCGAACAAGUUGGACUUUUAACGUCAGUUUUUAUUGUUAUUGUUUCCUUAUCAGUACCGUUUUUGAGGAUGUUCACUUUUCCUUUAAACUGAAUAAAUAGAAGAAAAUAUCUUCGAAAUUUUUAAUGUUUUUGGCAAUUUGCAAAGUCUUAAUCAAAUGGCGAAAACGGCUGGAAUUUGUUUUCCUUCUUCUUCUUUCCUUUUCCUUCUUUUUUUUUCUUUUUCGAUCGCAUUUGAUUGAUGUGAUAUGAGGAAUUUCCCCCCUUUUUUUUGCGAAAGAAUGACGAUGGCGCAAGACGCUCGCAGUUUCACAAACAAAAACUUUCUUCUCUGUCUUUUUUUUUCUCGCUACUGGUGACGAGAAUGACGCCAAGUAUAACCUGUACCUUUUAUGGGACUUUUCGAUUUCUUUUCCGGGAACUGUGGGGGUCGUUUUUUUGGAGAUCAAGGUUUGAAAUUUAGGAUAAACUAAUUUCUGCAAAAUUUUUAUAAGAAAAUAAGAAAAGAAGUUUUUUUUAAAACUCUAAAUUAAAAAAAUAAAACAAAACUAUUCGUAGAAUAAGUUUCUUUCUUCAGAUUUUUGAAUUUUUAUUAGAGAUUUACAGAUGCCCAAAAGCCCUGGAGCACUACUAUCUGCAGCUCAAGGACAAUUUUCUCGACCACUGGUCCGGCCGAAACGCCGUCUCGGAGGAACGAUGUUGGGAGAUGGCCGCCCUCGCGCUCAAGGCUGACAAAGGCGACGACCACCAAGGGUACGUCGUUUAGCGCAGGCGGUAGGCGCCUCGCGCGCCGCUCUGAGGCUCGCCGGUUCGGUUCCCCCCCGCCGCCGCCUACCUCUUAUUUGCCAUUUAUUCCAAAAGAUCGGUGAUGAGAUUUUCACGACGGUCUGCCGAUAUUAUCACAGCUGUGGAAAAAUCGUGAAACUGAGAUCAUUUUUUGUUGUUUUGAAUUACGUUUUUCUUGGAUCAUUUUUCGACAAACGAGUUAUUUUUAAGGUACUUCCGAGCUGAACAGUACUUUCCACUGUGGGUUAUCAAUGAGAGAGGUCUUGAAUAUAUUCGGAACAACAUGCCGGCCGCUUGUGACGACCUUCGAGCGAUGAAACAGCAGGAAGCCAUGACCAAGUUCGCUGUGGAAGCUAGUCGGUAAUUGUUUUAACUUUCAAAUUGAAAUGAGCUAUCAGAGGAAAAAAAAUGCUAGCAUUAGCGUUUUUAGACUUACUUUUACAGUAAUAGGAAAGGAAAAAACAUAUCAAAACUCAAAAAAAAUAAAAUAUCAAGUUAGUUCGAAAAUACUGUUCUCAAGUCACGGGAAAGAUUUCUUUCAAACGCGGAAAGUUUUUGAAAAAAAGAAGCUCUUAGAAACAGAAGAAAUUCUCAAGUUCAAAAUUGAAACAGUGAUUGAAUAACUGAAUUAAAGAAGGAGAGGUGUUUCGAUAUUUUCCACCAGAUUUAUUCUGAAUGAUUAAUGGAAUAUUUGCGUUUCAGAUCGCCCUUUGCACUGAAUUGCCAUUUGUACGGGUUGCGGAGGCAUAAAAUGGACAGCGUCGAUAAUGCUGUCCUUGCGAUCAAUGCGAAGUUCGUUUCAUAUCGAUUUAUCUCAAUAAGAAUUCAUGAAAUCCCGUUUCAUCGCUUUUUUCAGAGGAAUCGAAAUGUGCGACAUUUCUGAACACGGUGACCGUAUCCCACUGAGAUCUUUGCUCUGGAACCGAGUUACGAGGUUGGUUUUCUUCUUUUUUUGGAAAAUAAAUGAUGAGAUUCCAAUUCAGGCUAUCGUUUGAUCGAAAGAAGCUCACGAUUGUUGGAUCGGAUGGAACGAAAAUGUCACUCUACGCGCAGACGGAGAGCAAAGCGAGGUAUGAGUUCCGAAGAUUGAAAGAAAAAGUUUUUAUGAAUUUUCGAUUUUUGUGAUUUUUUGUUGGAAAAAUGAGAAAGUUGAGAAAAUUGGUAGCAAGAGUAACACAUGCAAAAAGGCUGCAACCGACCUCAAAAGACUUGCGCGCUAGAGCAUUUGGAUGUGAUAUAUUAAUUUUUCAAGCUUCCGCCGCGUUGCCUUGAGCCAUUUGUGAACCUAUAGAGAACAAAAGAUUGGGCUAUUUUUUGUGUUUUUACCAAUAACUUUUUCAACAUUUUGUGCUCAAAAAACCAUUGAAAACGUUCAUUUCUUUGUUUUCCGUCGAGAUAUCGACUCUGAAAUUUUCGACUUUUUCAUUUUACUAAGUCGUUAACUUAACUAUUUUCCCGAUAACCAUUACUGAGUUGAUAUCUUUGACAUUUCCGAAUAUCCGGAAGGUUUCCUCAUUUAUCUAUUUCUUUUUUCAGGUACCUACUGGAACUUUGCCGAGCAGUCCAUCAGACCCUGUUGGUGAUGUCACACCUGUACGCGAGGAUGCCACCUUUACCGCAGCCGUACCAGGAAAAGUCUGUUGAUCGACUGAGCACCUCCACGACCACCAGCGGCAUCGGAAGCGGCGAUCAAGACAAAGGUUUGGAGGAAAACUCGGAACUUUUUACGAUAAUAAUGGAAAAAACCGUUGAUUGGACUCAUGGAUCCGGAUUCAACAGAUGUCUGAAGUUUAACUGUUGAAUUGGGUCCUAAAACGUCAGAGUUUUGAGGUUUCUUAAGGAUUCGUAGAGUAUCGUUUUCACAAAAAGAUCUAACAGUUUUAUUUGUCAUAAAUUGAAAUUGCUUGGCGUUAAUGCGCUUUUUUUUCUCUUCAAGCGAUUUUAGAGAAGUAAGGUAAGUGAAAGUACAAACAGACCAGAUUAUUACAGUUCGCGUUAUGAAUUUAUUGAAAAAAAGGGAAAAAAAAGUGUCUAUAUUUAAAUUAAUGAAUGCCGUUUUCACUUCAAAUUUUCUCAUGAAUGACAUUAAUUUCUCUUGGGAACCAUCUCAUUUCUUUGAAACAGUAACCCAUUAUUUUACAGAUUCCGACUCCCUGAGCAGUGCUUGCGACAGAGGCCAUGGGUCGAUUUCCUCGAAACUUCGAUUACGAAUCAAGAUGGACUCGAACCUCGAUGUCAAAAUUGAGAAGAUGGAGCUCGAUAGUGCGUUCUCAUUCUUUCUCCGCUCAAUAAAGUCCUUUCAAUUCAAGAUAUCCGACAAGAAAGAGCCGCUUCGCAGUCGAGCAAGGCGAGUGACGAGAGCGCCAGAUCGAGACCGGAACUUAGGAAGAAUACGGUAGAUAUUAACAGUACACUCUGAAGAUAAAUGAUAAGAAGAUUCAGAUGAACAACUCGUCGUUGGACGCUCAUCCAUUGACGAAUUCUCAGCUGCCUUCCAUCGAUACUGGGUGAGAAUAUAGACAUUUUAGGAAAGAUUUCUAGCUUCCAAGUCUUUAGAAACCAUAGUACGUUUGUAUUCAGCUUGUAAAUUCUUGAAUCUUCUUUCAACAGAACUGUGCUUAUAAUUAGCUGGCCACGCCUCUUUUCCACUUUGGAGACUUAGUGAGCCAAUGAGAAGCUCAGUUUUCUAGAGCGAAAAGUUGAAUUUCUUAGCAAACCUGUAAAGUUUGCUCUAUCGAGCUGGGCUUCUCAUAAAAUCAUUAUGUAUCUUUUUCAGAAGUUAGUUCGCUUGAGCAAAAUUUCAAGUUUUCAAAAGUUGGUUUAGAACACAGAUUGAAUCUCAGAGAGUAUUUUUUGUUUUUUAACUGGCAAGAGUUCACUGGCUAAGCGCCAACAGCACGACGUAAAGCAAGAUCAGAAUGUUAUUUGUCCCGAUUUCGCUCAAUCUAGAAGAAUAUAUUUACUUUCUAUUUAGUAGACCGUCAUCCGUGGACUCGGCUUCCCAGACCGUCGAGUCUGGAAGUAGAUCGGCUCCCAUCGACGUCAACUUCAACACCAAGUUUGGCCGUGCCGAAGAACUUUACGGAGUGUCGUCUUACCUACACGAAAUGCCUUAUACGGCUUGUGGCGGAUCCCGCGGCGAGUCGGUACAGCAGUCCAGCGAGAUCGAGCAGGUGACUAUCAGAAUUUUUGAAACGCUUAUCUUGACUUGUAACACAUUCCAUGAAUUCCAUUGGCAUCUUGUGAGCCUAGACGGAAAUUAGGACAUUUUUUGCUGAAAAAAGUGUUGAUUCCAGGGAAGCUCGACGGCAUCGGAUGACGUGGAGUUGACGAGACGAUCUGUACCGAUUCAGUCGAUUUCGAUGCACGAUCUGAGGACGACAGGGCUCAAAAAGCCGCCCAGUUACGAUGAACCGGCUGUUAAUCAAAGGUGAAUCGGUGGGAAGGGUGCAAAGUGCGGAAGGACCACUGAAUCUUCAAAAAAGCGUCGAAAAGAUAACAGAAAAGAAAAGUUUCUUUUAACGCCUAAUUUACAGAUUUCAAUUUAUGGAAUUCUUUCAUUCAGGUCCUACUCCCCACCGUCCACGCAAAUGUUGAUGCACGUCGCCUCGAUGGCCACCGACAGAAUGCCGACGUCGAUGACGAGAUCUGAGCCGGAGAUUGAUGGAGAGGUGCUUAGAAAGAUGAUAAUUUUCUUUUUCUUUUUUUUUUAUAUGAAAAAGUUAUAAGUUACAAGUCUGAGGGUCAAUUGUUGCAGCUUUGGUCUCGACCGCCUCUUGAUCAGCACGCGGGAGCGUCGAACGUUGGCCGAUUCGUCAAGAAGAACUCUGCCGGAAGUCGGGCUUCCAACGCCAUCAACCGAGUUCAUUCGAUGCCUUCCCACUAUCACGUCAACGUCUAUCGACCUGUCCGUACUUAAUUUUUGUGUCCUGAGACUGUCUAGAAAAAAUAUAAGAAACAAUUUUUCCAAAACUCUUCAAGAAAUCCACGAGCUCUCUUCAGCAAGCCGUCGACGACCACUACCACGCCGCCAGCUCCUUACAUCACGCCCAUUCGUUGCACGUCCCGUCGAGGCCCAAGAAUCCGCCGCCCUACGAACAUCCGCCAGCGGCGAGCGUCCAGAUGCCGUCGCUGAUGUCGACAGGUCCGCUGCCGGCGGAGGCGGCCGGCGGGCAGCCUUCCUUCCCGCCCGCUUCCGCGACUCCCACUCAGUUCAGCCAAGUUCUGCGUGAUGAGGUGAGCAUUUUCAAGGUUGAAAGAUUGAUGAAAAAGUAGUUUGUCCCUUAUUCGUUGACCAGAAGCGGAUCAAAAAGUCUCUGCGGACUCUGUCCACUCAAUAGAACGUUGGAGUGACAUCGAUACCACUUUAGUGAUUAUUAAAUGACAAAAGAUUGCUUGAAACACCGACCUACGGUGGAAUUUGUUAAGGGGAGCUAGGAUGGAAGCUCAUUUGACACCGUAACUUGGAAUAAAUCGAUUUUUUUUAAUUGUUCAACUGGUUUUUUUUUUUUUUGAAUGAAUGAGUGGACUUUUGAUAUCGAUUGCUUCGAAAUAGCGCUCCAGGGUCAGAAAAAGAUUUGUUUACCCAUUGAGAAACAGCUGAAAAAUGACGUUUUCUAAAACAGAGUAUGAUUAAACUAAAGAGAAGCUUCAACAGAAAUGAGUUUCCAGGAGGGUCUCUCCACGGAGCGACUUCGAAACUUCCCGCUGCUGCACCACCUGUGGAAAGAGUCGCACGGCCUGGCGACGCCGCUUCCUCCGUCAAACGGCGGAAUCUACCAAUCCAACGGACUUUUGACCCAUCAUCGACGUCCCUCUUCUUGCAUCGACCUCACCUCGGACAGCAUCGGCGCCGCUGGUAAAUUUCAGACCAUUAUUCCGAAUUUUUUUGAAUUUUAGUUUUGGAAAUUGAUAAAUUUUGUUUUUAAAAGGUUAGAAAUUCGAAAAAAAAGAAGUCUGAAAAAAAGAAGAAAGAAAAAAAGAAAAAAAUAGUCUUAUUAGAACAAGUACCGAGACUUUUUGGAGAUCUUAGCAUCCAUUUGAACGAAAUUAGAACACUUUAUCGGUAGGGCACGUUUGCGAACAGUUAAUCGACUUUUUCAGCUAGGGAGUUCUAGAUUCAUCUUCUUCAUCAGACCAACUAGUUUUUUUCCUUGAAUUCAUCAAACUUGAUUCAUUUUUCUGUCGUGUAAGACAUUCUGUUGUGUAAAGCAUAUCUUGGAAUUGUUUAUAGAUAAGAUUCAAUAAAACCAUUUUUUUUUUUCCAGUGACAGUACUACCACCUUCCAAUGUUCACCGCGCUGACUACUUUUUGGAUUCUGCCCAGCAGAACUUCUUGUCGGUCAAGUCGUCGACGUACGGACGGACGGCGGUCGAAAGCCACAACGGGUCGGUUGCAACAUUGAUAGGGAACAAUUUUUAGUGUCCUUCUUGCUCUCAAUCUUUUUGACUUUAAUCAUUUCUAAAGUCCUCUAUUUCAACCUAAAGUGGUUUAAGAACUCAUUUUCUCAGGUUGCACUUCUUGCCGCCGCCGCCACCCUACCCCCAGCAGAUGGUCAGCUGAAAAGAAGAAAAAAGAUCAACGACGACAUCAACAUCAACAAGUUCAACAAAUUCUCAUCGCCAAUUAUCAAUAUCAUUCAUGAUUUUACACAUCAAAAUACGACGACACGUGGUCCAAUUUCUCAGUGACUCCCCAAUUUUUGUUCCUUUCUUUACUCCCAAUCUUCAACUUGGAGACUUAGGUGCUAGCGAGUAAUAAUCAAGCAUAAAAAUGACACUUUUCUUGUUUGUUUUUUCUUGUGAAAUUUAUGCUUUCCCUCCUAGUUUGGCAGAUAGAUCUAGGUGGACAGAAAAAAAGAGAGAAAAAAAUUCUAUUUUUCAUAUAUAUAUAUAUAUAUAUAGUUUGAUGUAUUAAUAAUUGCUCAAUUUGAUUCACCAUUUGCUCACAUUUCCUUCACAAAUAAUCGUUCAAAUUUUGAAUUUCGAGCGUUUGGGAAGAAAUAGAUUCGGUUGGUCAUAGAAUCUGCGCUCCAACGAUAAUUUGCAAAAGUUGUUUUCAAAGAAAAAGCUUCACGCGGCUACAUUGACCAUGAAAAAUGCGAAAUUUUUAAAGCCGGAAAAUAGAAAGUUAUCCGCCGAGCGCACUUUCCUUUAAAUAUCUCUAAAUCAUGCGGCUAUUUUUCCCAUACCUCGAAAACGCCUCUUUCUCAUUUUUCCUUUUUUGCCAUGAAUAUAUAUUUUUCCUGUUGUGCUCGACUAUAUGCGAAAAGAAUUGCCAUUUUUUAUUUUCAUUUUUUCCACACCAUUUCGUGUCAAAAUAUUCGGUGCUCCUCGUGCCUCAUUUUGCUUUGUUUUCAGUUUUUUUUUCUCGGAUCUUUGAUGAUUUGGCCGAUAGGAAUGUAUUUAAAAAAGAAACAGAAAAUGUGGAAUUCGAAGAUCUUUCAGUCAGAAAAUUUCAUCGCUUAUUCAUGAGAAAACCCCGCGAAAAUUUGAAGUAUUUUGCUCAAAAAUGUUUCUCAAAAAGUUUGAUUUUAGCUGGCUUUCUCUGUCUUUUUGCCAAAUCUGCAAGAUCCAUUCCGUUUCUCAUUUUCUCGUAAGAUUUGAUUUUUCAAAAAAAAUUUUUCUACUGUUCAAAUCAAUUUUUUCUUCAUUGUAUGGUCAUUUUACGCGGUUGACCGAAAAUCUAGCUCAAAUGCUCCAUGAUUUUUUCUUCUUUUUAUUGUUUUUUUUUCCUGCUGUGUGGAAAGUUGGACGUCUUUUUGACUUUUUCUUUGUACUUUGAAUUGGAAAAACCUUCCAACUUUCCAUGAACUUGCUUAUAUUUCCAACACAAAACCUCAAAAAAAUCGAACCAUCGAACUGGGCCUCUCUUGCUUCAUUUUUCUCUUUUUUUCGAGAAAGGUCCCUGAAACGAAUAGCGAAAAAAAAUAUUUUCAAUUAUACAAAAAUAUAAAUACACACUAUUGUCUAGAUUCCGACCCCCUCAACGAAAAACAAUUUUCUUUUCCCACUGUUUCUUUUUGUUAAUGAAGAUAUUGAGAUUAGUUCGAUUUCAACGUGAAAAAAGGCCCAAAAAGAUGAGUCAGUUUGAAAAUAACUGGUCUCCGAAUGGACUAUUGCGAAAAGGAGGAUAUAAAAUUGAGGAAAAAAGUAUUUAUCCUCUCAAAAACUGACCGGUUUUCAGUAUUUCCCACUCUUCACAACGACUCUUGUGGUAGAAGUUGUUCACUUUUUUUUUUUGAGAAAUUUUAUUUCAAUCAAAAAGUUCAUCCUUUUGAUAUUUUUUUCACUCUAAAAAGACGUAAAUCAAAUCUAAGAACCUUUUCUAGGUUUUUUGAGAAGAAAAAAAGUUUUAUUUUUAAAAUAUUAAUUUCUCGAAAAGUUAUGAGUUGUAGAGAAUGAAAAAUCUGCGACCAUAUCUUUUCACACACCUUCCAAGUCGUUUACGGGCACUGAAGCGUAUACGCUUAUUUUUACGCGUAAUCAGACUUGAAAACUCAUAUAUUGGACUUGAUAACAUUGAAAAUUCCGCUGUAAGCCGAAACUAAUUCCUCCGAAUGUAAAACUUGUAGUACAAGGAAAAAAAAACGAUUACGCAUAGUUCAGUCAGUAGAUCUUCUAGGCAUUAAGUAACAAAUCUCGAUUAUUUUCAUAAAGUUAAUGUGUUUCAGAAAGUUUUAUUGAUUUGUGUUCUCUGUACCAGCUCUAUAAUGAUAGUCGCAUCAGUGGUUGGCUUCUCAGUUUUUGUCCUGGGAAUUUAUUCGUGGCCCGACCAGUCGGUUGCUGUGAGAGGUUGGUCAGGAAUACUGAUUUAAAACAGUUUUAAUAAGAAGUAGAACAUAAUAAGUUUGAGCAGAAACUUCCGAGUUCAGGCAUAUUGAUGUGUGGAGAUCAGCCAGCUGAGAAAGUCAGGGUCAAGCUUUGGGACGAGGAUACGGGUGAGAAAGUCUAUGAUAUUGGUUCCUAGCCUCAAACCAAGUUUUUGGUAGGAGAAAAUGGAUAUAACUUGUAUAGUCUGUGUACCGCGACUUGGAAUUUCACCAAACGACAUUCCGCUGUGCCGCUGCGCGCCUUUGCGAAACUUGACCGUGCUGUUAAUUUUUUUUUCAUUUUUUAUUAAGAACUUCUACUUUCAUGUGCUCCCACAACAAUAAAAAUCAAUUGAAAGUGUGACCUAGAUUCGAAAGACGCUUCGCGAACGCACGCAGCGGAACACCGGAAUGCCGUUCGGUGAAAUUUCAAGUCGUGGCAUACAGACUAUAAAAAUGGAUCAUCAUAUAUCACGAAACUUCGGCGUCAAGAGAGCAAAAAAAAAAUAAAAAUGAAAUAAAAAGAGAAUUGCGCAUAAACCGAUAUUUUAGGUAAAAUUUCAAUUUAUGUGCAUAAAAAUAGACUUUUCGAUAGACUAACACAUUCCCAAAAUAAAAUUCAUCUCCCAGGCUUUUUUUAACCCUCCAGAAAAGUACUAUUGAAAGCUCUUCUUUUUUUUUCGCUCUGAUUGGUCGGAUAAUAAUCUUUAGAUUUUUUUUUCAAGCUUAAAUUUGAUCAGGUCCUGAUCCGGAUGAUCUUCUGGACCAAGGCUACUCGACCGCCAAUGGAAGCUUCUACUUACAAGGUAUUUUUUUAUUAAAAAAAUAAGUUUUUUUAAUAAAAAAAUGAAUAAUCGAAAAAAAUUGCAGGCUGGACCAGUGAGACGACGCCAAUUGAUCCAGUGUUGAAGAUCUAUCACGAUUGUAACGAUGAAAUAACGGUAUGGCAUUUUUUUUUUGUAAAAAAUCAAUUUUUUUCUAUCAAAUAUGACAGAAAAAGCCUCAAAAUGUUUUUUUUUGAAAAAUUAAAAAAAAUCAGUACCACUUCUAGACCUUUCUAAUAAAUCUUAGACGACUCUGAAACUCCUAAAAAGCCAAAUUUGCAGCCAACCCAUCGCAAGGUCAAGUUCACGCUCCCGGACAAGUACAUCACUUCUGGAAAAGUGCCCAACGUGACGAUGAACGUCGGAAUCAUCCAGCUGGAGCUCGAGUUCAAGAAAGAGGAACGCGAAGUCUUCAUCGAUUAA